UCUCUGGAUGCGAUUAUGUCGUAGCGACAACGAGUCCGGUCAAACGAAAGUAGGGUGCCCCGCAAGGUGCCGAUAUCAACACUGUGCCAUCGACUAGCUGAAGUUAAACUUUCCGGAUGAAGUUGACGAUUGUGAAAAUAUUCGUGAUACUAGCACUGGUCUUGGAGGCAGAAUUAAGUGCUUCUGGAAGAAGGCGGAAGCGUGGGGUGCUAUACUUCGAGGAUGAGUCACUUGCUAUUUUCGAGUUAACUCUGGUGACAACAGCCGGCUACUGCUCGGUCUUUGAUUGUAGAGAAUAUAUUCAACUCCACAAGUUUCCACAAUGGAUAAUUGAUAAUCUAAGAAUUCUACGGGGAGAUGGUUCGGAAUUUCCUUCGCGUAGCUGUAAAAAGGUGAAAUUUAAUCCGCCGGAGAAGGUUGAAAGGAAGCUGAGGAUUAUGUGGCCAAGCUUGACCUCAACACCUUCUAGGGCUAUUUGGCGGAAAAAAUUCCGUCGGCAUGGGCCUUGUGUUCUAACCUAUGCAGAAAGUAGAGAGAAAACUUUUGGUUAUUUCAAGGAGGCCAUAACGUUAUAUCAACGGAGUAAUAUUUUGAAAUUACUUGAGAUGAAAGCUAUACGACCAAACAACCGAGCGCCGGUCUCCUUGGAUAACAUGAUCUUGGCCAUUGACAGAGACAAUACGCUCGUCGAGUUCAAUUGUGAAGGCAGUCAAAACGGUAGCGACAUUCUGCACGGGGUCAAACUGUGCUUUGACUCGCCCACUGGCAAACGUACCAUUUGUCCAGAUGCGCUUCGAAAAAAAACUUGCAAAACUAAAAAGGUCUGGUACCUAAGAGACAUACAAUACUUAAAUGAAUAUAGGAAGAUAGAGAAACAGUCAAAAAACGGCAAAUUGACUAACCCUGGCCAGAGCAAUGUACGGAAGGACGACUACGACGAGUUUAAUAAUUCUGAUGAGCAGAAUGACUAUGAAUAUUACUACGACACAUAUGAAGACCGUAGUGGGUACACUGAACAAGAUAAAUCACCUUAUACUGACACUGUUGUAAAGCCACAACAAAUAGCAGUACCAAAAACAUUUAAACCAGAACACGACAAACUGGCUGAUAAAAAGCUCUACCCUAACUGGCCCGUCGAAACUAAGAAUCAUCCCUCGCAGUAUUCCAGCUGUAUACUCGCUAUGCCAAGCGCGCUAUGUGUGUUCGUCGCAACGUCGUUUGCCCUAGUCGGCCUUAGAGAAGUUACUCUAAGCUAACUUCAGGCCGUAGACGGCCAUUCAUACACGACUAUUGCGCUAUAACACGAUUGCCGUCUUCUGCUUCAGUCGUAUUAAGCUUACAAUGCUUAGAUAAGCUUGAAAUUAUUUAAAUGUUUGGCUGAUUUCAGUGUGUGACACUGGGUUUGCUAACUGGAACAAUGGGUCUUAACAGUUGCUAGUUUUACGAUUACGAUAAGUUGUUUUUGAAAGCCUUUUUUGAGCUUACGUUCUUCCUGAAAAAUGAAAACUACAGAUGAUAUUUUACUUGCGCACUUGCCGCAAAAAUUCGAAUCAGCCAAAUAUAAGGUCCUGUUAGAAUUUCCUAAAACGAUGUAUUCGCUUUCGAGUCUGGUAAAACUCGGUGGUAACAAAAUAUAAUCGUACAGAGCUAGCUAGCUAGCUAGUUAUCUCCGUAUACCCCGCCGUUUAGUAAUUCCCGUACGUCCCGCCGUGUGUGACCCUCGAGAAUUUAAUUUCGGUUGUCCUUUUCCCUAUAUCACUUGUCUAUGAAGACGGAUCUAUAAGCAUAUUAUCCGAAAACGAAGCGUCAGCCCCCUAUAGGUAAAGUACCACUGGCGUAUAACCGUUAGUGGGUCCUCGGUACGUGUAUGUUUUCGUGUAUCUUAGCAAUCACAUUGAAAUCAUUCUAUGAAUGCAGCUGCCGAAAAAAAAAAAGUGCUGAAAUGCACUGACGAGCAGUUCGAGAGCUUUCGUCUAUAAAGCCAUAAACGUUACGUUUCAUAUAUAGUCUGUGAUAGUGCUUUAUCAGCUUCGCGACAUUGACGACAUGGCGAUGACGAUUGUGCGUUGUACUGUAGUAAAUAGCAACUAGCUCCCUUCCUACAGAUCUGCAAAUUUAUCUGACUGAUGUAAUAUCAUAGAACGGAUGUAGUUUCGCCGUAAAGAGGUUCAAGGGCGUGAUCAGUAUCAACCCCCUCCGUUUUGCCUGCGAACUAGCUUCAAACUGACCUGAGGGGCUAGUACUACUACAUCACAUGCCAAGUUAAGCAAUAAAGCGGAUACGAUUACAGGUUGCAGAAGCGCAUUGAAUAAACUACGACUAUAUCGUUAACUGAUAAUAAACUCAUAAGUUAAAAUGUU